AUGUCGAAUCGAAAUCAGAUAGACUCGGUCAUUGACGACGAUGACGAGUUCUGCCCACUCUGUAUUGAAGAGUUUGAUCUUUCAGACAAAAACUUCAAACCUUGUCCUUGCGGCUAUCAGAUCUGUCAGUUUUGCUACAACAAUAUCAAAACUCAUAGCGAAGAGGGCCGGUGUCCCAACUGCAGACGUGUUUACGAUGAAAGCACUAUACAGUACAAGGUGCCUGAUGUAGACGAGUUCAAAGCCGACUUGGCACUGAAGCAUCGGAAAGCGGCCGCCGCGAAGAAAAAGGAAGCAGAGAAACGAGAAAUUGAAGCUUCCAGCCGAAAGAACCUUGCUGGUGUGAGAGUCGUUCAAAAAAACCUGGUUUACGUUAUUGGGUUAAAUCCCACAAUACGGGACGAAGGGCAGCUUUUGCAGACGCUGCGUGGCCCGGAGUAUUUUGGCCAGUAUGGCGAGAUUGACAAAAUCGUCGUUAGCAAAGCCAAACCAGGUGGCAACCCCAACCAAGGAAUUGGCGUCUACGUGACAUUUUCGAGAAAAGUCGAUGCAGCUAGCUGUAUCGCGGCUGUGGAUGGUUCGACAAACGGCGAUAGACUCCUUAGGGCGCAAUACGGAACCACUAAAUACUGCUCGUCUUUUCUGCGAAAUGAACAGUGCAACAACCGCAAUUGCACAUUCCUUCAUGAAACCGGCGAUGAUAAUGAAAGCUACAGCAGGCAAGAUCUGUCUUCGAUGAAUACUGCGCAAAGACCACAUUACACGAACGGCGCGACAAAUGCUGGCACUCGACCCUUUACUCAGCCUCUGCAAUCCCAACCCAUGCGCAGGCAGGGUAGCAAAGAUGAAGGCGGAAAGCCUCUACCAGAUGGCCCUGCUCUCCCAUCCUCUGCAAGUUGGGCGAACAAGGACGCACCUUUUAAUCGCGCUAGGCGACUUAGUGCUGGUAGCCGCUCAUCACCAAGUCCGAAGCCGGCAAACGUUCCCCUGGCGAAAAGCGAAGAACUCAAAAAGAAUUUUCCUACGGCACAAGAAUCGCGACGAUCCACUCCCGCUCCCGCUCCUGCCCCGGCUCCAGUAUCAACACCAGCACCCGCACCGGUACCGGUUGCUGCUCCGACUCCAGCGCCCUCUCAAGGCCUUCCUCCGGCCAAACCAGCAACAGCCCCCGCACCAGUCAAGGAUGGCCUAUUAGAGUCGCUUCUCAACGCGGUAAACUCUCCAGGAUUUCGCUUCGUCUUUUCGACCGAUGGCUUGUCCGACGAUGAUUUGAAGUACAUAGAAAAUGGUCCCUCCUUGAUCGAUCCAUAUGGCGGGGCAAAGCGCCGAGCGAUGCGGGAAAAAGUCGAGCAAGAGCGUGCUAAACAAGAGGCCGAAACACAAUCGUUGUUGCAAUCAGCGGCAGCGGACGACGAGAACCGCGAGAGUGGCAGCUUGCAAUUGGGUGGCGAGCCGGAUGAUGUACAUCCAUCAAGAAAUACAGUCUCUCGUAAUCGCGAUACACAUGGUGCGAUCCAGCCUCCCUCCCAACAAACAACAAAUGCCAAUUCGUUAGUUGGCUCUCCUGUGUCCAUAUCGCAACAAUUUCACAACUUGAACACGAACACUCGGAGCUUGACCCCUCUUCAGCAACAACAACUUAUGCUUCUGAAAUCCGGUGCUGGUCAGCAAGGCGGACUCACAUCCAACACGAGGCUAUUCGGUCAACAAAAUCUGAUGCAAACUGGAAAUCCCGGUCAACUCGCUGCUCCCGCUCCUCAACAAGGUCAAUUUUACACCAGCAGCGUUCAAGGGCCCCCUCCGGGUUUGAAGACAGCCGGUACACCCCCCAUCAGCGGUGGUGGCAUGUUUGCACAGGGUCACGGCUUCACGUCAAACACGAAUCUUGGACUGGGUUCGAAUGUCGGAAAGCAGGAGUCGAAUCCAGACCUUAUGCGCGAGUUACUUCGUGGUCGUGGCGUGUCAGCUGGAACUGGUGGAUUGCAGGGUCAUGAAUCUGCUAAGCGUGAGUUCUUACUUCCCUUCAUUCAACAGCACCAUACCCCCCCUCCCCUGACUCCCGCUACUGGCCUUCUCAACGCGUUCUAUGGAUCCCAGAACGGUGCUCUCACCGAUUUUGGACCACAGAAGCAAAAGAAGAAGGGGAAGAAGCACAGACACGCUAACACUUCCUCCGGUGGAGGCGGUGUAGUAGAUCUUGCGGACCCGAGCAUUCUACAGGCGAGAAUGCAUCAAGUCGGUGUUGGUUCGACUGGGCAAGUGCUAUACGGAAGUCAGGGGCAAGUGGACGAUGAAGAAUUCCCACCUCUGAGUGUUGGACCGAAGAGCAGGCUGGAACAUGCUUUUAGGCCGACAUUGACUCAAGAGUCGCGAGAGCAUUCUCGAGCGGGUACUCCAUCUCUUCCUCCUGGUCUUCCCCUCCCACAUGGCCAUCCACCGGCAGCUUUCUUCUCAGAUAAGAAAAGUUUGGACAGUCCAGAGUUCCCUUUUAGUCUACCGACUCAUGGUCCUCCCGGUCUUCCAGCGUCUGGACGUGCGACACCAUUGCAAAAGUCAUUGGACACUGUAUCCCGGCAACAGACCCCAAUGGUUCCGGAUGUCUCGGAUGAAAAUGCACAGGUCGAGAAGAUUCGGAACUUUGGAGAUAUCUCAUUAGGUUCUCCCAAGGCACGAUCGGCUAGAAAGCCCAACGCUGCGGCACCAACAGACCUGCCGGCUAGCAACAAAUCAACGGUGACAAAGGGUUCACAGAACAAAAAGCACAAGCCUAUCAAGCUAGACCUUUCUAUGCCGUUGGAAGAGGUGCCGGCCGCAUCACCUGUAAAGGAAAGCCCAGCAUCUAGCAACGUCACUCCUGCGAACUUGCCACAAUCAAACGUUGCGGCUAACUCGCGACCUGGCACGCCGCUGACUGGAAUAUCACGGAAUUCCGAUUCUUCUGGACCGCGUCAACCAAGGGUCCUUCGUGUUGUGGACACGCCAAAGGCAGAGACUCCCCCUCCUCCAUCGGCAGCGCCGUCGCUAUCUUCGGUUGUUCAAGCCAAGAUCCGCUCUAGACGCCCAAGUAUUUCUUCAGCUGAUCGUCCUGAAACGCCUGGCGAUAUAGGCUCUGAAUUUGAGUUUACUUCCGCAUCUGCGUCACGAGCCAAUUCGCCCCCUCCAAGCAAAAUCGGAUCUGCCCCUGUCCGUUCCAUGACAAAGAAUCAAGUGAAGAAAGAGCGAAGAAUGAAGGCAAAGCAGGCAGAGGAGGCUAUCAAAGAAGAGGUAGCGACAGCCAUUCCUGAGGAACCUAUUCAAGCUCCAAUUAUUGGGCGCAAACGCAAAACCAAGAAGCCACCUACUGCGUCCGAGGUUGCUGCUUCUACAUCUACCAAGGAGCCUUCCGAUGCGGAAAAUGUCCCUACGCCAAAAGUCGAGGCGAAAGCCGAUGUAAGCACUCAGAAACCGAAACCAUCACCAGAGAAAGUCCCGGAUGUCAGCAAGCCUGUGUUGGAUGCAGAAGUAGUUGAGCCUCCGGCCGACGAACCAUGGAGAGCUAACAACACGAUUGCGCAGUUGAUUGAAGACGCCAAAGCUACGGGUACUUCAAUUAAGGAUUUGUUCUUGGAACGAACAGCGCCUCUUCAUGUUCUAUUGGCUCAAAUGCAAAGCAAGGGUGAUAUUGAUCUUAAUAAUCAUCCAUUGUUCAACCCUCCCCCUCUUAGUCAGCGCACCGACAUGAAAAGUGAGGCUGAGGACUACGAGUUUUUCAAGCUGCCAUUGUACAUUUCGGAAGAGAAUAAGAAAAUCUUGCUCAGCGGCCAACCACUCCGAAUCAACCAUGGCGUUGACAACCUGAAAGUGCGAUGCAUGAUAACGCCCAAGGGUCGUGUGUUGCGCCACCUGUCUGACGAAGAAGAAGACCGCUAUCUUGAGCUGGAAAGUCACGUGGAUGCUGGUACUUGGAAUGAAUACCCUUCGACUAAUGUUCCGGGUCUUGACGUGACCAAUAUGAACGGGGGGUUGGAUGCGCUAUUCUUGACGCCUGGAAGAUUCGGUGUCGCUCUAUCCGAACCACCAAGUCCUAGGAUGUCGCUUGCUGCUGGUGGAGCAGUCGUCACUGCCGAAGACCAGUUCGCGCUGGAUCCCCCAUCAGAGUCCGGUCCUACCAUGGGCGAGACCGAUCACACUCACAAACUUCCCGAGUCAGCGAGAUAUCCUCCGAUCAUCCCCGAAAUGGACAAUGUUUUUGGUAUGUCGAACAAAGAGCUGCGCGCUUUUAUCGAGCAGUCGCAGCGGGAGUUGGAGAGUUCCCGAAAGGAUUUUGACGCUGUUGACAAGAAACUAGCGGCUUUGGUCAAGCGAAACAAGAAACUUGCGCAACAGGCACUUGGUUCUGUCGUUGAGGUUGGGAAAUAG